CCACACAGGAGUGGGACUCCAUAUGUGCUUGGACUGUGGGAAAAGUUUCAUACGAAGGUCAGAAUUUGUUUAUCAUCAGGCAAUCCACACAGGAGAGAGACCCCACAAGUGCGUGGACUGUGAGAAAAGUUUCAGAAGAAGGUCAACCCUUGUUCGACAUCAGGCAAUCCACACAGGAGAGAGACCCCACAAGUGCUUGGACUGUGGGAAAAGUUUCACACGAAGGUCAGAAUUUGUUUAUCAUCAGGCAAUCCACACAGGAGUGGGACUCCAUAUGUGCUUGGACUGUGGGAAAAGUUUCAUACGGAGGUCACAGCUUGUUCAACAUCAGGCACUCCACACAGGAGAGAGACCCCACAAGUGCUUGGACUGUGGGAAAAGUUUCAAGCAAAGGUCCCACCUUGUUCAACAUCAGGCAAUCCACACAGGAGAGAGACCCCACAAGUGCUUGGACUGUGGGAAAAGUUUCAUAAAAAGGUCAAACCUUGUUUGUCAUCAGGCAAUCCACACAGGAGUGGAACCUCACAAGUGCUUGGACUGUGGGAAAAGUUUCAAGCAAAGGUCCCAGCUUGUUCAACAUCAGGCACUCCACACAGGAGAGAGACCCCACAAGUGCAUGGACUGUGAGAAAAGUUUCAGAAGAAGGUCAACCCUUGUUCAACAUCAGGCAAUCCACACAGGAGAGAGACCCCAUAAGUGCUUGGACUGUGGGAAAAGUUUCACACGAAGGUCAGAAUUUGUUUAUCAUCAGGCAAUCCACACAGGAGUGCGACCCCACAAGUGCGUGGACUGUGAGAAAAGUUUCAAAAGAAGGUCAACCCUUGUUCGACAUCAGGCAAUCCACACAGGAGAGAAACCCCAUAUGUGCUUGGACUGUGGGAAAAGUUUCAAGCAAAGGUCCCACCUUGUUCAACAUCAGGCAAUCCACACAGGAGAGAGACCUCACAGGUGUUCAGACUGUGGGAAAAGUUUCAUACGAAGGUCAGACCUUGUUUGUCAUCAGUCAGGCCACACAGGAGAGAGACCCCACAAGUGUGUGGACUGUGGGAAAAGUUUCAUAAGAAGGUCAGACCUUGUUCGACAUCAGGCAAUCCACACAGGAGAGAGACCCCAUAAGUGCUUGGACUGUGGGAAAAGUUUCAUACGGAGGUCAGAACUUGUUUAUCAUCAGGCAAUCCACACAGGAGAGAGACCUCACAAGUGUUCAGACUGUGGGAAAAGUUUCAUACGGAGGUCACACCUUGUUCAACAUCAGGCAGUCCACACAGGAGAGAGACCCCCACAGGUGCUUGCUCUGUAAGUAAACAUUCAGACAGAGAUCAGCCCUGGUUAAACACCAGAAAAUCCACAUAAGAGAGUGACUGUGUAAGUGCUUGGACUGGGGAAAAGUUUCACAUGGAGAUCAGACCUCGUUCAACGUGGGAGAAUCCACACAGGAGAGAGACUCCACAAGUGCUUGGACUGUGGGAAAAGUUUCAUAAAGAGAUCACACCUCAUUAAACAUGAGAGAAUCCACACAGGAUCUAAACUUCUGUGACACAUGACAAAAAGGGUUAAGCAGCUUCCAUGUAAUUGACUCAGAUCAGGCCUUGUUACACAUCAGGGAAAACUAAAUCCUCAGUACCACUUCCAGGGCCGGCUCCAGGCAUCAGACGAGGAAGCACGUGCCGGGGGCGGCACUUUUUGCUUGGGGUGGCAAAAAAAGCUUGAGCUGGCCCUGAUCACUUCAAAGUAAUCUUAUUGAGAGCAGUAACAGUUCCUCAGUACCUCUCUGCAUUUGAUUUUGUUACAAAAUCAAUAAGUUCGGAUGGCAUGAGCCCCAGAGGGACAGACGGUUCCACGAGCAGUCCUCCUUCGAUACCCCAUUAGAGAUUUCAGAAGGUCUCUUACCUCUUGAUUGGCGCCUUGCGGUUUGAAGGGGAACAGUCCGCAGUAGCUGCCGCGGGCUCAGCCUGGCGUUACCAUCCGAGUCACAGCAUCAAUAAUUGUGGAAGAAAACAGAGUUUUUACUUUAAGGUUGGUUGUAACAAAUCAGAGACAGUUUAUUCUUAAGCAAUUGCAAGAGGGGAACUGCACACCCGGGCAGGGAAUCUCUCUUACUCCAGGUAGGGCUCCAAAGAUAAGUAGAUGGAGCAAGCCUUUCUACCUUUUUUUUUAAUUGACAAUAAUGAUUAUACAUGAACAACCUUGCCACUUGCUGAAACCAGAAAACUAUAUCUACAUGAAGAUCCAUCAGCGAAAGACCACUCUGGCUCCACGCUGGAAAGGCCCUUAUCAAGUCCUGCUGACUACCAACAUCACUGUAAAAUGCCAAGAACUGACUGCCUGGACCCGUGCUUCUCACUGCAAAAAGGCCUCUCCACCUCAAGAGCACUUUACGACUGAUGAUCAGCCUGUUUCUCCUUCUGGUGCCGCUGUUUUUUUUGGGCAGCAGGAAAAAAGGACAAGAUAAAGUGCUAGUAACCUGUCCCUUGUCCACUGACAGGGGUAGAGAGGUGCUGG